AUGAUUGAGUAUUUGAUAUUAACAUUAGUGGUCUUCAUAGUAGUCAAGAAGAUUCAUCACUACCGAUUGAGUCAGAAGUGGUCCUGUAAACCAGCAUUUAAAGUGGAUGGAGGUCUCAGUUAUUUAAUAUCAUUGAAAAGAGAACAUGAUCUGGGAUUCGCUUUGGAAAGAGGUUUAGAGAGGUUUCAGAAAGUCCAAAAGAAGACGAUAACAAGGAGUAUAUGGGGAAGACAAGUGAUCGAAACAAUUGCUGGAGAAAACAUCAAAGCUUUGAUUUCAACUCAAUUCAAUGAUUAUAGUAUCGGACAUAGGCACGUAGUUUUCAAACCAUUAUUAGGCAAUGGUAUAUUUGCUAGUGAAGGGGACAGAUGGAAGACUUCUAGAGAAUUGUUGAAACCUCAAUUUGUAAGGGAUCAGAUCUCCCAUGUUACUAUGAUGGAAACACAUUUCAAGAAUCUCGCCUAUCUGAUAAAACACCAAAAUGGGUUCUUUGAUUUACAGGACUUAUUUCAUAAGUUGACUUUUGAUGUUGCCACAGAGUUUUUAUUCGGUGAAUCUACCAGAACAUUGGUAUCAGAUUCCAAUAAUCAAGGAUUUUCAAAAGCUUUCAAUGUUGUUCAGGACAUAAUCACGAUGAAAAUGAUGUUAGGACCUGUGCAUUUCCUAUACUGUCCCAAGGAAUACAAAGAUUCUUUGAAGAUAAUCCACGAAAGUGUUGGAUAUUAUGUUGAUAAAGCUUUAAAUGUUUCAGAAAAAGAUUUGAAUUCUGUCAAAGGAUACGUGUUUUUGUAUGAAUUGGUCAAACAGACCACAGAUCCCAAAAUCUUACAAGAUGAAUUGUUAAGUAUAAUGUUGGCAGGUAGAAACACCACAUCUUCCUUAUUGUCCUUCUUGUUCUUCGAAUUGAGUAGAAAUCCCCAGGUUUGGACCAAAUUGAAACAGGAAAUAGAUGAAAGUUUCGACAACGAUUUAGAGAAAAUAACUUUUGAAUCAAUGAAACGAUGCACAUAUUUGAAAUAUUGUAUCAAUGAAACUCUUAGAAUGUACCCUCCAGUAAGUAGAAACUUGAGGGUUGCUUCAAAGAAUACGACUAUUCCUAGAGGUGGUGGACCAACUGAGCAAUCCCCAGUUUUUGUAACCAAAGGUACCGUGGUUUUGUUCAAUCUUUACGAUUGUCACAGAACGGAACAUUUCGGUGAAUUUGUAGACACUUUCAAUCCUGAUCGUUGGAAAGAUCUCAAACCAGGAUCCAAUUUCUUACCUUUUGGAACUGGUCCUAGAAUUUGUCUCGGUCAGCAAUUUGCUCUCACUGAAGCAAGUUACUUCACUAUAAGAAUCUUACAGACAUUUUCCAAUGUCACCAGUAUUACGUCAGAGUAUCCUCCUAAAAAAGUUACCAAUGCUACUAUGAGAUUAUAUAACGGGUUACAAGUCAAGUUCGAUUGCGAAACAUAA